AUGUCACAUCGUAGAAAGAGUAUAAAUAAUAUAGACGGUGUUUCCGAAAACCCUUCCAUUCCUACCAUACAAAGGACUGUGGAUCCUAUCAUUAUCUCUCAACAACGCCAGUAUCAAUCCCACUCCCUUAUGGAUCAAAAAUCCUACCAAUCACUUAAUGAUAGAUAUAUGUCGACAGUCGACGAAAAAAAGAAUGCACCAAUAACAAAAUCAAAAUUUCAUGGAUCAGUUUUGCAGAAAAAAGAUCGGAGAACAAUUAAUCCAUCAUAUGUAAAUUAUGGAAUGAUAACUACCAUGAGACAACUUUUCUAUCUGAUUGCAUUUUUUGGAUCUUUAGUGAUAUUUUUGGGAAGUUUGUGCGGCAUAGAAAUGCCUUUUGAUGAAAUAAUUACAGACCCACCAGCUAGUAAAAUAAUUCCAUCAGACAAGGAACCUAUUUUUGAUGAUAUAAUGAAUGAUAAUAAACAUAAUAUAGAGAUUACGAAUGAUGGUAAUUACCAAAAUGAUAACAAUAAUGAUCGCACAAAAGAUUACAAAAAUAAUUUAGAUAAUACUGUGAUUAAGAAAGGAGAAAUUGCAGAUUUGUUUCCUGAUGAUGAGCUUUUAGAUGACCCAAUUAUUCAAGAUGAAGGAUUUGGGCAUUCCGAUGAAAUUCUUUCCAAAAAUGAUAAAGUUAGUGACAUUUCAAGUCAUGAUAUUAAUUACUUUAGUGAAGAAGAAUUAAUGCAACUGUUAAAUCCUACAGUUUAUUCUAUCUUGAAUAAAUCUACACAAAUAUCUGGUCGACCAAACAAAUUAAUGAAAAAGAUGCAUAGGCAUUAUCACAUAAAGUCACGAAACUCUGAUGAAGAGACAAAUGUAAUAGAUUACUCUGAAUACACUUAUAAAGCACCGCAGCCUCAUUUCACAUAUGUAGAUGUAAUUAAUUCAUUGACCAAUGAAGAACUAGCAGAUAUUAAAAGUAUUCAAUCAGUAGAAAUUAAUGCAGAUGAAAGUUUGGAUUCGUCAUGUGGAAAGUGGCAAGAAGAAUAUUCAAAGUUGCAUGCAAAUAUUUUGGAUAAUAAGGUGGAACAGAGAUAUGUUACUUAUAUUUGUGAUGCUAGUACAAAUUGUGGUGGAUUGGCAGACCGGUAA